AUGGACGGGGUGCUCGCGGAAGUGCUGCUCGAGCAGAGCCGGGACCCCCGGGCCCUGUUCGGGACGCUGUGCCGAGGGGAGGCGUCCGCGGAGCGCGUAGAGACGCUGCGCUUCCUUCUGCAGCGGCUGGAGGACGCGGGCACGGACCUGGGCGCGCUCCCGGAGGCGGCGCGCGAGGUCGCCACGGGGUACCUAGUGCCGCUGCUGCGCGGGCGCCCGGGCGGUGCCGACCCCGACCCCGGCCCCGGCCCGCCGAGCCAACGCCGGCGCGUGCUUCGGGCGGCGGGCGCGGCGCUGCGCUCGUGCGCCCGGCUCGCGAGGGGCCCGCCGCUGGCCGCCGCGCUGGCUGAGGAGGCGCUGCGGGACCUGCGGGCCGGGCGGUGCGCGCCGGGCGUCGAGGCUGCCGUGGAGGUGCUGGCGGCCGUCGGGCCCUGCCUGCGGCCCCGCGAGGACGGACCGCUGCUGGAGCGCGUGGCGCAGGCCGCCGUCGCCCUGGCGCUGGGCGCGGACGGGCCCGGGAGCGCCGUGGACGCGGUGACGCUGGCGGCUGCGCGGCUGCUGCCGGCGCUGGGUCAGUGCGGCGGAGCGGCGUUGCGGGCCGUGUGGGGUGCGCUGGCGGAGCCGAGCGUCCCCUGGGGACCGGACCGCGUCGGGCCGGAGCUGCAGGUGCUGAGUACCCUGGCCGAGAAGCUGCUGCCCCAGCCCGGCGCGCGCGACGUGGGCCCCGACGCGCGGCGCUGCGGGCGCUUCUGGAGGACGGUGCAGACGGGGCUGGGCCGCGCGGAGGACGCCCUGACGCGCAAGCGCGCGCGCUACCUGCUGCAGAGGGCCGUGGAGGUGUCAGCGGAGCUGGGCGUAGACUGUACCUGCGACGCCAACGGGGGAACAGGCCCAAGUCUGUUUUGGUGGUCUGAGAAGAAAAAAGAUGAGCUUCUAAAAUUUUGGGAAAAUUAUAUUUUAAUCAUGGAAACUCUAGAAGGAAAUCAGAUACAUGUUAUAAAGCCAGUCUUACCAAAGCUAAACAAUCUGUUUGAAUAUGCAGUGUCAGAGGAAAAUGGCUGCUGGCUCUUUCACCCCUCCUGGCACAUGUGUGUUUAUAAAAGAAUGUUUGAAAGUGAGAAUAAAAUCCUGACCAAAGAAGGUGUUCUCCACUUUCUGGAGCUGUAUGAAUCUGAGUGUCUUCCAUUUUCACCAGACUUUUCUGAGUUUAUUAUUGGACCAUUAAUGGAUGCCCUUUCAGAGAGCUCUCUCUAUGGCAGGUCCCCAGGCCAGCUGGUAGGAAGUGGUUCUCCAUUGGGAUUAAAGUUACAGAAGUUUUUAGUCACUUAUGUUUCUCUUCUUCCAGAAGAAAUAAAGAGUGGCUUUCUGCUCAGGUUCCUUCAGAAGAUGACAAGCAGGCACUGGUGUGCGGUUCCUGUGCUCUUUCUGUCCAGGGCUCUGGCGAGUGUCCCACGGUGCAAGGCCCUGGGCGUGGAAGGGCUGUUGGCCCUCAGGGACGUUCUUCGGUGCACCAUGGUCACACACCAGGUCCUGCUGCGGGGUGCGGCACAGUGCUAUUUACUUCAGGCGGCCCUGCGUUUGGUGGACGUGGAGCAAGUGUCCCUUGGCGAUGUCUCUGCGCUCCUCGUGUCUCUGAGACAGGAGGAGUCCUUAGGACGAGGAACUAUGCUGUGGGCAGAGCUCUGCGACUGGCUGCGUGGGAACGAGCGGUACUUCAGGCAGCCCUCUGCCAGUGGCUCCCAGGGCCUACAGGAGGCAUCCUUGACCACAUAUGUGAAGAACCUCAUCCAGGAGUAUGUGAGGUCCCCUGCCUGGGAAGCAGGAGAAGGCAGCCUCGUGCCUGAUGGGCUGGAGGCCCGGCUGACGGCUACAAUGGUCUUGCUGGCAGUGGAUGUGGAAGCAAAGAAGGCCCAAAACAGUGGAAAGCAGAGGACACAGAAUGUGUUGGGGCUGUUCUUGGAUCCCCUGCUGGGAGCCCUGGUGAAGUUCAGUACGAACGCCUACAUGCCGGUGCCGAAGACCGACCGGUGUCUGCAGCUGCUGCUGACGUUGUUGCACACAUGCAUGUUGAGAGGCUCCGGCGCCCAGGAGGAUGAGGUGUCCAUACUUCUGCAGAGCCUCCUCAUGUCCGCCUCAGAGAGUGUGUCCGAGUUCAUUCUCAGGAGACUCACCAUGGACGAGCUCCGCACCGUUUCAGAUCUCGACCGUUGCCACUUGUACCUGAUGGUCUUAACUGAGCUCAUACAUCUCCAGCUGAAGUUGGGGUGGAAAGCGGGUGCCCCUAUCUGCAGAGUUAUUUCUCCUUUGAAGAACGCAUGCAUUCGGCACCUUCAGGAGACCGAUAGUGGACAGGAGCCCACACUUGCUCGUCAGAUCCAGAGAGUGACUAGCAUGGCCACCUUGGCCAGGGUGUGUGAGGCAAUUGAUCUGCAGCCUGCCCUGCAGCAGGAGUCCCUGAACACGGGGCCCCUGGAAAGGUUCCUUUCCACUCUUCCGCUUAACCAAACUCUGCAGAAGCCCUGUGCAGAGGACCCGGAGAGCAGCAGUUUUUUUGAGGAGUCAUCGUCUUGCCAAGGAUGGGGGAAGAUUGUAGCCCAGUAUGUCCACGAUCAGUGGGUCUGCCUCUCUUUCUUGUUGAGACGGUGCCACCCCCUUGAGCCAGCCGCAGAAGAGGACAAGCUGGAGCCCUCACUGCCCUCUGUGCGUACACCAGCACAGACCCUGUGUGCUGCACUGGAUGCCCUCUCCAUUCUGCCCUCUGACCGGGUCUCACCAGUGUUCUGCUGCAUGAAGGCUCUGGUCCCCCAGCUGCUGACCUCAUCUGAGUCGCUCUGUGUGGAGUCUUUCGACGUGGCCUGGAGAGUCCUGACCUCCUUGAGCAACACCCAGCUGACGUUCUGGCCCAACUUGAGAGCUUUCGUUCAGUUUGUUUUUGAUGAUACCAUUCUCACCACCGCUGCGAAAACCAAGGGCCAUGCAUAUUUCAGGAUAAAAGAGAUUAUGUACAAGAUCAUUGAAAUGUCUGCUGUUAAAACUGGGGUCUUCAAUACACUGAUGAGUCACUGCUGCCGGUCAUGGCUGGCGUCUGCCAGAGACCCCCAGGGGUCUCUGUCCAGCGCCAGGCACUACAGCGAACUCAUCCUAGAGGCGUGUACGUUUGGAACUGUGUUCAGACGUGAUCAGAGACUUAUUCAGGAUGUACAGGCCUUCAUAGAGAGUCUGGGACAUGACUGUGCAACCAAUGUUGUCAUGGAGAGUACUAAAAGGGAAGACUGUUAUGUGAGGGUCUGUGCCAUCAAAUUCCUGUGUCUGUUAGACGGCUCGAACACGGCCCACAAGUCAUUCAUGGAGGAUCUUGCAAUCAAGCUGUUGGACAAAGACAAGCAGGUGAACCAGUCUAGAGCCCGCUACUACCAGAAUUCUCUCCAGCACCGGGUGAAGAAUCGGAUAUGGCAGGUGCUACUCACGCUCUUCCCCAGGUUUGACCAGAACUUCUUGAAUGAGAUUAUUGACAAGAUUUUCCAAGCUGGUUUUGCCAACAAUCAAGCAUCCAUAAAAUAUUUUAUAGAAUGGAUUAUUAUAUUGAUUCUCUAUAAGUUCCCUCAGUUUCUUCCAAAGUUCUGGGAUUGUUUUUCCUAUGGUGAAGAAAAACUUAAAACAAGCAUUUGUACAUUUUUAUCUGUUCUGUCACAUUUGGACAUUAUCAUUCAAAAUAUUCCAGAAAAGAGGCAGGUGCUGAAGCAGGCCCUCCUCGUCGCUCUGCAGUGGGGUCUCAGCCACAACUUCAGCAUCCGGCUGUACGCUCUGGUGGCUCUGAAGAAGGUCUGGGCAGUGUGCAAAGCCCUCUACAUGGAGGAGUGUGAUGCGUGGACGGCUCUCAUUGAGUGUAGUCUUAGCCAGGCGGAAAGCGUGCACGGCACAGGGAAUGCCAAGAAGAACUGGCAGCGCAUCCAGGACCACUUCUUCUUCGCCACGUUUCACCCCCUAGAGGAUUACUGUCUGGAGACCAUCUUUUAUACCCUCCCACGGCUCUCGGGUGUCAUUGAAGAGGAGUGGAUCACCCUUGGCAGAUUUUCCAGCUUCACAGAUAUCCCUUCAGGUUCAGGGCCCCUGUGGUGCUUUUCUCGGACUCUGCUCUGUGAGCUAAAUCCCGGGGACUGGUCCCAGCAGGACGCAGGCACUGGCUCGGGGGAAGCAGACGGCCCUUCUGAGCAGGCUGACGUGCAGAAGAAAAUCAUCCCAUGGGGACACGACCUCCUCGACGCAGACCUGGAGCUUGCGCUCCAGGACCGUGCCGCCAAACUUGGAAAGUCCAUCAGCAGACUGAUUGUAGUGGCCUCGCUCAUUGAUAAACCAACUAAUUUAGGAGGGCUGUGCCGGACCUGUGAGGUGUUCGGGGCCUCAGUGCUGGUGGUCAGCAAUCUUCAUUGUGUCCAUGACAAGCAGUUUCAGCACCUCAGUGUCUCAGCUGAACAGUGGCUUCCUCUGGUGGAGGUGAAGCCGCAUCAGCUCCCUGGUUAUCUGCAACAGAAAAGGGCAGCAGGUUACACGGUCAUUGGAGUGGAGCAGACUGCCCACAGCUCGGACUUGGUCCAGUUCUGCUUCCCUGAGAAGUCGCUGCUCCUGUUGGGCAAUGAACGUGAAGGCAUUCCUGCCAACCUGCUGCGGCAGCUGGAUGUGUGUGUGGAGAUUCCCCAGCAGGGCGUCAUCCGCUCACUGAAUGUGCACGUGAGUGGGGCCCUGCUGAUCUGGGAGUACACCAGGCAGCAGCUGCUCAGGCGUGCAGGAGCCCCAUCGUGAAGCCUGUGCCUUACCUCAGUGGUCACAGUGCCUCCUGACUGCUUUUUAAACUAUUUGGGAAUAGAUUCUGACAUUUAUUGGGAUAUGAAUUUUUUUGUUCUUGCAAUUUAAUGCCAAAAACUUUUUCAUGUGCCUUAAAUAUAUCAUUAUAUAUUUUCUUCUUUGAUAAAUCUUUAUAUAGAUACAUGAUUUUGCUUAUUAAUAAAAUAUUUUACAUAA